UCCAUCGAGGGAAGAAGAAAAAGAGAAAGAAGACGAAGGCCUCUUCUGUUCGUGGACAAAUAGAGUGCGGAGAGAUGGACUAAUGCUAGAUCGAUAUUAACUACCAGGCACUAGACGCUGUCCCGGCCCGCGGCGCAGAAAAGCCCCGGAAUUGAAUUGAGAGCGUUAAUUCACCAUGAGCCUAAGUCUACGUCUUCUAUUUCGUCUAUAUAUCUCAAUGGCCUCCGUUCUCUUCUUCCAGUUCUCAAUUGAGUCUCGUCGGCAUCAACUGCGCCCGGGAUGAGGCUCCUUUCAACCCUCUGCGGGCUCGCCUCGCUCGUCACUCUUUCAACCUCGACAAUAUUCCAAAACGGCCAGGAACGCGAAACCCACUUCAUAGACACCAGAGUCGCCCCAAUAACCGCCAACUCGACGGGCUGGAAGACGUACGGGCCGAAUGCGACCGAGCUCGCCUACAAGGGCCGCUGGGACAGCAAGCAUGUCUCGUGGUGGGCAGCACCAGGGCUCAAAUUCGGCUUCGAGGGCCAAAACGUCGCCAUAACCUUUGGCAACCUCACGAGCCAAGGCGUCCUGGUCGCAUACCGCCUAGGAGGCCUCGACUGGCAUAUGAGCAACGUCACCGCCGGCGCAACCCACCAAUUCGUCUCUCCCUCCACCCCCGGCCUCAACCUCACGCAGCCCUGGCAGUUCCCGCUCACUUUCGAACUCCGCGUCACAAACUGGGCCUACGGCGUGCAGAUCGCCGCCGUCCACCUCAGCACCUCCUCCAAACUCAUCAAGAUCCCACCCUACAGCAAAACCAUCGAAUUCAUCGGCGACAGCCUCACCUCGGGCUACUCGGCCACCUACGAAGCCUUCUCCGGCUUCGGCUACAACAUCGGCGCCGGCUUCGGCAACGUCGAGUUCAGUAUCACCGCCUACCCGGGCAUCUGCCUGCACGACGCAGACUGCUGGGGCAACCCGCGUGGCCAGGAAUACCAGUGGCACCGCACGCCCGACACCUCCCCGCGCGCCUACCAGAUCUGGGGCGCCGCCGACCCGCCCAAAUGGGACUUCGCCGCCCACCCCCCCGCCGACAUCGUUAUCAUCAACAUCGGCACCAACGACAACAACACCGCCAACGGCGCUGAACCCCCCGUCACCCGCGACCAGUACCUGCGCUCGUAUCUCGACUUCAUCCCCGAGGUGCACGCCGUGUACCCCAAGGCGCAGAUCGUCCUCAUGAGCCUGUGGAACGGCUUCUCCGCCGUCGGCAACAGCUUCGUGCAGACGGGCGCGUAUACGGACGAGGUCUACGCCGUGUACAAGGCGUUCGAGAGCGACGGCUAUGUGCACUACUUCAACAGCACGGGUAUCCUACAGCAUAAUGAUAUCGGGCCCCAGUGGCAUCCGACGGAUGUCGGCCAUGUUAAGAUCGCGAGCCAUGUCAUGCAGUACAUUCGGCUGAAGUUUGGCUGGGAGUUUGCCGCUACGGGGCCCGAGGUCCAGCAUGAGACGCUGUAUUGGAAUGAUGAGGUGCGGUAUUGAAGUGAAUGCCGACUGGGGUUUUUGGACGGGGGAAGAUGUAGUGGCGAAUGCGGUGCAACUCUAGUGUGCGUAUGGCAC